AUGUCUUUCGCCAUUUCGUUCCUACUUUACCUCUUGAUAUCAUUUUCAGCAACCAUUUUUGCCAGCCAGGUUGCAGUCUCUGACUUUGAGGGUCGUCCUCAAUGCACUGUGACCGCUUCGGAAGAUGGGGGAAAUGACGUGCCAAGCAUCAUGGAGGCCUUUGACACUUGCGGAAACUCCGGGAACAUAAUAUUCCCCGAAGAUGAACAGUUCAAUAUAUCAGAGAGGGUUCACAUCUCAGCAACUGACGUGCAGAUUGAGUGGAGGGGAGAGUGGCUGAUGUCAGAUAAUCUAUCUUACUGGCGUAACAAUUCAUAUCCCAUCGCCUUCCAGAACCACCGCGCUGGAAUAGUCUUUUCUGGGAGUGGUAUUCGAAUCAAAGGGUAUGGAACCGGCGGCGUCAAUGGAAAUGGAGAUACAUGGUACUCCGCCGAAGCUGGUGAAACCCAGGAAGGUCGUCCGAUGCCGUUUGUUCUCUGGAACGUCAGCGACGUGAGAGUCGAGGACUUUUACAUCAAUCAAUCCCCUCUCUGGGCCCUCAACAUCAUGAACGGAACGGACCUGACAUUCAGAAACAUCGUGUGCAACGCUACCUCCUCAGAAGCUCCAUCUGGAUACAACUGGGUCCAGAAUACAGACGGCUUUGAUACUAUGGACGUUCGCAACGUAACUCUGACGAACUUCGUAUAUCAAGGCGGCGAUGACUGCAUCGCCAUCAAGCCUCGCUCAUACGAUGUAACCAUCCAGAAUGUGACUUGCAAUGGUGGUAACGGGGUAGCCAUCGGCAGUGUCGGGCAGUAUGAGGAAGACAGCAGUGUUGACAACGUCAUCAUCGAUACAGUCAAGAUCGUCUCUUCCAACGUCAGAGCUCGCUUCACCGCUUACAUCAAGACCUGGAUGGGGGCUCUCGUUCCGCAGGACAGUUAUGAGAGUGCGGGUGAGCCGCGAGGAGGCGGUUGGGGCAACGUGACCAACGUCGUUUUCUCAAACUUCGACAUCGACGGCGCUUCGGUGGCGCCUCUGAUCGACCAGAACAGUGGAGACAACGGAUCCUACUCGGGAACGAGCAAGAUGCAGCUGUAG